GACGUUUUGACAGAGGGCUUUGUCUCUUAUAUUGACUGGCCACACUACAAGAGGCCCAAGCUUGCCAACCGCCACCGCAACUCACAUAGUUCACCUCGGCAGGAUAUACAGCCAGAAAGCUCAAGCCACAUCAAUCAACUACGCUUGCAUCUCCCAUUGUCGGCGCGUCCCAACGUUCGAAACAUUGCACGCACCCUUGGCAGACUCGACACAACGCUGGCCUCACCGCGAGUCACGGGGUCGCCCUGUGCUUAUUUGGGCGCUGCUGUGCCUUACCAUGCGCCCGGACCUAACCCAAUCCGGCCACUGAUCCCUGCACGUUUCACCCGUAUAAAAGACCACGGAUUCCAUGUGUCGGGUUAGCGAUAUCGUCCAGACAUCCUCAACUCUGCAGACUCUCGGGUCUGGCUUGAACCUUGUUGGCAUCGAGCCGUGCCAGGAAAGCGGCCUCUGCUGCGCGUCUGGUCCAGAAGGGCUCAUUAGACGACCACCUCGCAUAUAGACUCCCCCCCUCUCCGCAGCGCCUCCGUGUGAUGUCCUGACGGUCUUCGCUGCUUGCUCCUACCAAAAAGAAACGCGCGCUGCUGCUGUAUCUUGGUGUGCCCAUAGUGUCUGCUAGCAGACAUGGCCCCAACACCCUCAUCCAACAAGGGUGGCAAGCCGUCUGAGACGGCUGCCACCAUAGAGAUGACCAGCUUGCGCGAGCGUGGUAGCCAGCACGGCGAAGGCCUAAAGACGACGUCUGCGGAGCGCUGGGGUGAGUCUAGCAUGCGUCCCCCGACGGACGAGCCCGACGACUACGGGGUCGAGGGCGAUUCGGAAGCAGGGUCAGAAUACGAACUUCUCCUAGACCCCAACCUGCCCGACGAGCUGCACCGCGACGACUCUGGCGGCAGCGACACCUCGGGCGCCAAGGAGGAGGAGGAGGGCGGCGCGGCAGCCGAGGACUCGCCCUACCCCGAGGUGCGCGCCGCGGUGCGCAACUACGACGAGGAGAUGCCGUGCAACACGGUGCGCGCCUGGACCAUCGGCCUGUUCCUGUGCGUCAUCGGCGCGUCCAUGAACACGCUCUUCUCGCUGCGCUCGCCCUCCAUCAGCCUUGGCGCCCUGAUCGCGCAGAUCAUCGCCUGGCCCCUGGGCCACGGCUGGGCCCGCGUCAUGCCGGCCCGCCGCUUCAGCUUCUUCGGCAUCCCCUGGUCGCUCAACCCGGGGCCCUUCAACAUCAAGGAGCACUCCAUCAUCGUCGUCAUGGCGAGCGUGUCCUUCUCCGUCGCCUACGCCACCGACAUCAUCCUGGCCCAGCUCGUCUUCUACAAGCAGAACUUUGGCAUCCCCUGGCAGCUGCUGCUGACCGUCUCGACCCAGUCGCUCGGCUACGGCAUCGCCGGCAUGAUGCGCAAGUUCCUCGUCUACCCGGCCUCCAUGAUCUGGCCCGGCAACCUGGUCUCGGUCACGCUCAUGAACGCCAUGUACGAGGCCGCGCCGCCCAAGGACCCGACCAUCAUUGGCGGCUCCAUGCCGCGCUACCGUUGGUUUGCCAUCAUGACCCUGUGCUCGUUUGUCUACUACUUCAUCCCGGGCUUCCUGGCCCAGUUCCUGAGCGUCUUUGCUUUUGCCACCUGGAUCGCCCCCAACAACCCCGUGGUGAACCAGCUGUUUGGGGGUGUCACUGGCCUCUCACUGCUGCCAAUAACCUUUGACUGGUCGCAGAUUGUCGGCUUUGUCGGCUCUCCCCUGAUUCCGCCGUGGCACGCCAUCGCCAACACCAUGAUCGGCGUCGUCACCUUCCACCUCUUCGGGGCUUCAGUCCUCCAGUACACGGGCACGUGGUACGGCCAGUUCCUGCCCAUCAGCGACUCGAGCACCUACGACAACACGGGCGCCAAGUACAACGUGACCCGCAUCCUGACCAAGGACUUUACGCUCGACGAGGAGGAGUACAAGAAGUACUCGCCGCUUUUCAUCAGUACCACCUUUGCCAUGGCCUACGGCCUGUCCUUCGCUGCCAUCGCGUCCCUCAUCGUCUACACGUGGCUGCACCACCGCAAGAUGAUCUGGCAGCAGUACAAGAACGUGUCGCGCGAGGGCGACGACAUCCACAUGAAGCUGAUGCGCAAGUACCGCGAGGCCCCCACGUGGUGGUACAUGGGCCUGUUCGCCAUCAUGCUCGCCCUCGGCUUCGUCACCGUGCUGGCCUACCCGACCAACAUGACCUGGUGGGCCUUUUUGCUCGCCGUCGCCAUCUCGUUCGGCUUCGCCCUGCCCAUCGGCAUCAUCCAGGCCGUCACCAACAACCAGAUCGGGCUCAACGUGCUCACCGAGUUCGUCUACGGCUACAUCCAGCCCGGCCGCCCCCUGGCCCUCAUGAUCUUCAAGACCUUUGGCUACAUCACCAUGUCGCAGGCCCUCAGCUUCGUGUCGGACCUCAAGUUCGGCCACUACAUGAAGAUCCCGCCCCGCACCAUGUUCAUGUGCCAGGUCGUCGCCACCACCUUCUCGUGCUUCAUCCAGGUCGCCGUCCUCAACUUCGCCCUCGCCCACAUCGACGGCGUCUGCACCCCGACCCAGCCCGAGCGCUUCACCUGCCCCGGCGGGCGCGUCUUCUUCUCCGCCUCGGUCAUCUGGGGCCUCAUCGGCCCCGCCCGCAUGUUCUCGCCCGGUCAGAUCUACUCGGGCCUCUUCGUCUUCUUCGGCGUCGGCGCCGUCCUGCCCGUCGUGCUCUUCUACGCCGCCCGCCGCUGGCCCGCCUCGCCCCUCAAGUACGCCAUGGCCCCCUUGAUCUUUGGCGGCUCCGCCGCCAUCCCGCCCGCCUCGCCCCUCAACUACCUGUCGUGGGGCAUCGUCGGCUACCUGUUCCAGCACCUGAUCCGCAAGCGCCACUUUGGCUGGUGGAGCCGCCUCAACUUUCUGACCUCGUCCGGCCUCGACCUCGGCCUCGCCCUCGCCACCCUCGUCAUCUUCUUCGCCUUCACCCUCAACAACAUCGACCCGCCAAAGUGGUGGGGCAACACCGUCGUCCGGACCACCAUGGACUUCCAGAACAAGGCCGUCAGGGCCCACGUCGCCGACGGCCAGACCUUUGGGCCCACGUCGUGGUAGGGGUCCAUCAUAUAUAUGCCUGUAUAUAUGGUAUGUCGGCAUUUUGGCAUAUAACAACCUAAAAAAAACAUCCUUCCACACCUAUGGAACCUUUUUUUCCCCAUAUAUAGCCUAGCAUUCUCUCCUCACAUUUAUCCAUUACAUAUCAGACAUAGAGGAGUAUCCUUGGCGGUGUUUGGACAUUUUGUAGCCAUAAAUUAUACGACCAGCAUUGCGAUUCUGAAC